AUGUCCACUGAAUUGACCGUUCAAGCUGAGAGAGCUUUCCAAAAGCAACCACACAUCUUCACUAACCCAAAGGCUAAGGCCAACAGAAGAACCAAGAGAUGGUACAAGAACGUUGGUCUAGGAUUCAAGACCCCAAAGACCGCUAUUGAGGGUUCUUACGUUGACAAGAAGUGUCCAUUCACUGGUUUGGUUUCUAUCCGUGGUAAGAUCUUGACCGGUACUGUUGUUUCCACCAAGAUGCACCGUACCAUCAUUAUCAGAAGAGACUACUUGCACUACAUUCCAAAGUACAACAGAUACGAGAAGAGACACAAGAACCUUCCAGUCCACGUUUCCCCAGCUUUCCGUGUUCAAGUCGGUGACAUCGUUACUGUCGGUCAAUGUAGACCAAUCUCCAAGACUGUUAGAUUCAACGUCUUGAAGGUUGCUUCUAGUGCUGGUAAGUCCAACAAGCAAUUUACCAAGUUCUAA